AUGGAAUACUGCGAAGGUUGUAAAACUUCAAAGUUGUGUCUUGAAUUCAUGGGUUACAAUGCCAAGGGCAAUCCCAAAAAGUUUAAAACAUGCAAUAAUUGCCGUCAAAGGUCUCUUAAAAAUUCAAAAAAAAGAUCGUUAGAAUCUGAUAAUAUUCAAUCAAAUGAUUGGAAUGAAGUUAUUGACAUCGAACUCUUAAGUGAAGUAGUUAUGACUCUUUUAGAGUCUAUGCCGCAAGAACUGCAUCUAAAUU